CAUUUAACUCUUUAAAAUCUGCUAGUGGUCAUGGCAAGCCGAGGUCUCACACCGGCCCUGCUUCUCUUCCUCACGCUCAUGGUGCUCUCCCUUGUGGGUAGCUCUCUCGCUGAUGGAAUCGCCACUUAUUGGGGCCAGAACGGAAACGAAGGCACCUUAACAAACACUUGCGCAACAGGAAAGUAUGCUUUCGUCAACAUAGCUUUCCUCUACAUCUUCGGCAAAGGCCAGACUCCUCAGAUGAACCUCGCCGGUCACUGCAACCCAUCCUCCGGUGGUUGCAUCGCCGUCAGCAACGGCAUAAGAAACUGCCAAAACAGAGGAAUCAAAGUUAUGCUCUCAAUCGGUGGUGGCUCUGGUAGUUACUCACUCUCCUCUUCUGCAGAUGCCAAGAAUGUCGCCGACUACCUCUGGAACAACUUCCUUGGCGGUAGUUCAUCGUCGAGGCCACUCGGUAACGCUGUUUUGGACGGCAUAGAUUUCGACAUUGAGACGGGGUCGACUCAGUACUAUGACGUUCUCGCGAGUUAUCUAUCUGGGUACAGUAAACAGGGGAAGAAGGUAUACUUGACGGCGGCUCCGCAAUGCCCCUACCCUGAUAGUCAUCUGGGUACUGCCCUUAACACUGGGCUUUUCGAUUAUGUUUGGGUUCAGUUCUAUAAUAAUCCUUCUUGCCAGUACAGUUUAGGGAAUGUAAACAAUCUUCUGAGUUCUUGGAGGACAUGGACGUCGUCAGUGCCGGCGAACCAGAUAUUGAUGGGGCUACCGGCGGCUUCAGGGGCAGCAGCAAGUGGAUUUGUUCCUGCAAACGUGUUGAAUUCUCAGAUACUUCCAGUGAUCAAAACUUCCUCCAAGUAUGGAGGUGUGAUGCUCUGGAAUAAGUAUUAUGAUGAUCAGAGUGGAUAUAGUUCUUCCAUUAAGGACGUAGUCGAAUAUGUUACUUGUUUAGGUAUGAGCAUUCGUCUCUCUGCCACAGCGGCACCUGGUGGCAUUCUAAGUUGA